CGCAGCGGCGUGUCCCCGCCCUCUACCUGGCUGCAGCACACCUGGUUCCAACGAGACGGAAGUUUCUCCCAAGUACGAAUCUUUGCUCUCAUCUUGACAUUUGGCUUGCUUUCCUCGACAAGAAGACAUCUUGUCUUUGGAAGCAAGAAGACUUGCUCGGAGACAUGAAGUUUGUCCUCGUGGGGAGCCGUCCUGGACCUUUGGUGUGAAACAGUGACCCCCCACAUGAAAGGAGGAUGAGGUCCCUGCGCAGAGUCCUGGGAAGGCGCCCGCAGCCUGUGAAAGUUGUGGCGGUGGCGGCGGUCUUUGUCACCUUCAUGCUGUUGAUCCAGUGGGAGGUUGGCAGCCAGAGUCCGGCAGAGGAGCCGUGGCUAAAGGAGAUGAAAGAGAAGCGGGACAGCAUGCUGGUCUUGGUGAUGGGAGCGGUCAAUAACUUGAAGGAAGUCAUGCCCAAGUUGCAGAUCAAAGCUCCCGUGCGUCAGAGGGCGAGUGCAGACGGCGUGUCCUGCUUGCCGGGUCGCUACACGGCCGGCGAGCUGAAGCUGACCCUGGAGAGACCUUUGCAGAACCCGCUGGCUCCCGGUGCCGCCGGCAAGCCUUUCAUCACAGACUCCCUGAGCGCUGAUCAACAGAAGGAAAAGCAAAAAGGCGAAGAGAAGCACUGCUUCAACUUGUACGCCAGCGACCGCAUCUCCUUGAGUCGAGACCUGGGUCCGGACACAAGACCACCAGAGUGUAUCGAGCAAACCUUCAAGCGAUGCCCCCCUUUGCCAACCACCAGUGUGAUCAUCGUGUUUCACAACGAGGCUUGGAGCACCCUGCUAAGGACGGUCUACAGCGUACUCCACACUUCCCCUGCCAUUCUUCUCAAGGAGAUCAUCUUGGUGGACGACGCCAGCGUUGAUGAUGUGUUGAAGGACAAGCUGGACGAGUAUGUGAAAGCGCUGAGUAUUGUUCGGGUCGUUCGGCAAAAGGAAAGGAAAGGCCUUAUCACAGCUCGUUUACUGGGCGCCUCGGUGGCCACCGGUGAUACACUCACCUUUCUGGAUGCCCACUGUGAAUGCUUUAAUGGGUGGCUGGAGCCACUGCUUGCCAGGAUAGCCGAGAACUCAAGCAUGGUGGUCAGUCCAGAUAUAAGCGCUAUUGAUCUCAACACCUUUGAGUUCAUGAAGCCAUCCCCUCACGGCCAGAACCACAACCGGGGUAACUUUGACUGGGGUCUGUCCUUUGGAUGGGAGAGUCUUCCGGAUCAUGAGAAAAAGAGAAGGAAGGAUGAAACUUAUCCAAUCAAGACUCCCACGUUUGCUGGCGGGCUCUUCUCCAUCUCAAAGAAAUACUUCUACCAAAUUGGGAGCUAUGAUGAGGAAAUGGAGAUCUGGGGCGGCGAGAAUAUUGAAAUGUCUUUCAGGGUCUGGCAGUGCGGCGGGCAGCUGGAGAUCAUCCCGUGUUCUGUCGUCGGCCAUGUUUUCCGCACAAAGAGCCCUCACACCUUUCCAAAGGGCACUCAGGUGAUCGCCCGCAACCAAGUCAGACUGGCCGAGGUCUGGAUGGACGACUACAAGGAGAUCUUCUACCGUCGAAAUCAGCAAGCUGGGCAGAUAGCCAGGAAAAAAGCCUUCGGCGACGUCUCCAGACGUGUGGACCUCCGCACUCAGCUGCAGUGCAAAGGCUUCUCUUGGUAUUUGAAGGAGGUCUACCCAGAGAUCUUCAUGCCUGAUCUCAACCCUCAGCGCUUCGGUGCGGUGAAGAACGUGGGCAAAGACUCUUGCUUGGAUGCAGGCGAGAACAACGAGGGGGGCAAACAUCUGAUCAUGUACCCGUGUCACGGAAUGGGAGGGAACCAGUAUUUUGAGUUGUCCACACAUCAGGAGGUCCGCCACAACAUCCAGAAGGAGCUGUGCCUGCAUGGCGCCGAGGAGGCCGUCAAGCUGGAGGUGUGCCAGUACAAGGGCGGGAACACCUUGGUGGGACCGCAGCAGGAAUGGCAGCUCAACCAUAAGCAGUUAUUGUACUUGCCAGCAAGGGACUUGUGUCUGAGCGCCCGCUCUGAGCAUCCUUCUCUGGCCGCCUGCGACCCCUCGGACCAGCACCAGCUCUGGUUCUUCAUCUGACCCCUGGGACCAGCACCAGCUCUGGUUCUUCAUCUGACCCCUGGGACCAGCACCAGCUCUGGUUCUUCAUCUGACCCCUGGGACCAGCACCAGCUCUGGUUCUUCAUCUGACCCCUGGGACCAGCACCAGCUCUGGUUCUUCAUCUGACCCCUGGGACCAGCACCAGCUCUGGUUCUCCAUCUGACCCCUGGGACCAGCACCAGCUCUGGUUCCUCAUCUGACCCCUGGGACCAGCACCAGCUCUGGUUCUUCAUCUGAUCCCUGGGACCAGCACCAGCUCUGGUUCUUCAUCUGACCCCUGGGACCAGCACCAGCUCUGGUUCUUCAUCUGACCCCUUUCAUGUAUUUACCCACUUUGGGAGAACUCACCGCAGGGAGGAGAUUGGACUUGAGAAAGUGAACGUCACAGACGCUUGGAAAAAUGAGGGCCAUUAUGUGGACAAAAGUAUUGGGAGGUCUACCAAGGUGUCUCUGGGGAACAUUUAGUCCACAGGUUACCUGUCUUGCCCUCAUUACGAGCUCUUUUCAUCCCAGAGGUUGUUUGGAGUUGAGGCCAGGGUUCUUCUUUCCAAGUCAUUCAAGUAGGACUUGGAUUUGUACAUGACAUUGCUGUUCCUACAAAGCCUUGGAAAAAUGAAGAGCCAAUGUGUCCCAAGACUUUUGUCCAUCUUGUGAGACAGCAUCCAAUCCAAUCUCCAGAUUGAUCACACUUACAAUUUGUGUCCUAAUUAGACUGCGAGUUCAAAGCCGAAACACAAACGUGGACAUGUCCUUCAAAAAUGUCUUUUUAUACGGCAAAUGUAUUCCUGUGCCUUGUUUGUUGUUUUAUUCUGCAUUUGUUGUUCUUUUCUAGAUGCUUCUUUUACAUUUUCUGACUUAGAUGAUUAGCAGUUGAGGAAUUAAUUUUAUUGAAUGACCACAAGUGAUUGGUUUGAGAUGUCAUAAUUGCUGCAAACCUCACCAGCCUUACAUUUUUGAUUCUGUGGCCAGUAAUGACUGAGAAAUAAACAAUAUAGAAAUAGCUUUAUUUUGUCCUGAAGCUGCUUGGACAUGAUUGAGGCUCAUAUUUUAUUUUGCUAAGACUCGGGAAUUGACCCUACUGGCACUGACCACCAGAGGGCGCUGCUGACCGUCUUCGCCCUCCCGGGAACAUGACGUCAUGACAUGGAUUCCAAAACCAGGUCGAAAAUGAGAACGAAGACAUUUUUUUAAUUUACAAUUUACGAUCAAAUAAAAGCUACCACAUUGUGCAAAACAUGCAUUCCACAAAUCUUAAAUUAAAAAAGUGAAGCUUUACAACACAGCAAAUGACUCAAUAUUGACUUUCCACAAUAAAUACACAAUUCAAUAUAAUCAUUCAAGCUAAAUAUGAGAGAAUAAAUACAAGAGCUCAGAAUCUACACUGGCAGCUUUGGCCAAAACACACAAGUCCAAUAUUGGGAUUAUUAAGACAUUUCUUUUGGGACUUUAAGAAGUGCAUUUUCCUUUUCCAAUGGCUCAUCUCGACAAAUUAAUUUGAUUAAACUCCUCUUUUACUAA